UCGCACCAAAUCAAGUAUGAAUAUAUCAUUGAUAGUUUGAUACGAUCCUCAAAUUUUAUUUAAUUACUUUACAUGGAUACGAAAAAACUCAUAUCCUCAUUUCAACGUGUUGGUCUCGUCGAGCCGGUAGCUAGCUAGCUAUCGAUCAAGAACUAUAAUUGACGAUUCUGAUUGACCGAUGUUUAUCAAAAUACAUCCAAUGACCAGGGGCGCGAGAGAGCCAGGGGGUUGGCACCCAAAUUUUUUUUUUGUUGUUGAAAAAAACGAUUAUCCAAUUUCGGUAGUAGUUGCGUAUGGAUAAAUAUUUUUUUAAUAUAAGUGGUAGACUAGUUGAUUUGAAUUUAGGACACUACUAUUAUUUGUAAACUUGCUUUCCAUUAUACGAAAACUCAGCCUUUAAGCGGUCGUUUGCUUAGUGGAUUUGAAAAAUGAAGGUUUUGGUAAAACUUGGGUUUUGUAAAACCAUGAAUAUAUAAGGGUUUUGGGUCCAUCAUGGACUUGAAAAAUAUCAUUGUUUGUUUCAUAGAUUUCAUGAAGGAAUUGGCUAAUUAGAUUUGUAUGUAUGAAGUGAAAUUUACCUUUAUCGCCCUCAUUGGUAUGAGAAGAAGAGAAAUGAAAUAGGAGGGGUAGUUUGGUCUUAAAUGAUGGACUUCAAAAUCCAUUAUCAAUUUCCACCUAAAUAGGUGGAACUUUCAAGUCCAUGGGAUCCACGGAUUUGAACCCUUAAAGUUCGUGGGACCCACAGAUAUGUUGCCCCUAAGAUGGAGCAUAUAUGGAUGGACAAGAAGGGGAAUGCGAUUAAGUUAUAGCAUGUACUUGUGUGUUAUUCAUUGCAUUCGUACGUACAGAAAGGGAUAGAAGGUGGUGGGGGAGUUGUGAGCUAUAAUAGCAGCUAGCUACUAUUAAACAACGCGUAAGUACGUACUUGGUUCGUUCAUUCAUUCCAUGAGUUCGCCAAUUGAUUGCGGCCGGCAGGGACCUCUAGCAGGGCGACACCGGCCCUUUUGUUUACCUGAAAAAAACACGAACAUGAUACAUAUACGACUUUAUGAGAGUCCAUUUUCAAGAGUAAUUAAUAUGGAGGGUUCUAGGGAGAGGGCCAAAUUAAACCACGCUUUUUGUUGGAGUUGCUUUUCCAAACCCUAGCCACACAUCCACCCCAUUUGGAUCCUUCGUCGUUGCAGCCGAAACCGCCAAUGUCGUUCGGCCACCCAACCAAUGUCGCCACAGCCACCAAGGGCCAAACACAUGGGGAUUGAUUCCCACAUACCCUGGAAGCAAGGACGAGGAAGAGAAACUCCCACCAACCUAUCCCGAGAUAGCUGACUUCCACCUCCCGUCGAUCGAACUCUGGGACAACAUCAUCCGACUGGUCGUUGAUGAAAGAAUCGGUGGGAAGGUACGGCUGACUUUAAGUGUUAUUAUACUAUUUUCCUUCAUCGAAGCAAUUCUUCGGUGUUGUGAGUUGAAGCUUCAAGGUGUGUGCUAUUAGGGGAUGCUAAGGUGGUCGUUCAGAAGGCUCUUUUUGCGAGUGCACAAGAUAGUAGGGGUGGGGGGUGUGCUCAGGGAGGUUCAGGAUCUGCUUUCGGGUCAGGCAGAUGGUGUAGUCCAAUUUGUCGAUAGUGAGAACAAUAGGGUAGCUCAUAUUCAGGGCCGGCCAAGAGGGUGUGCCGGCCCGCCCUCCGACACAACGCCUCUGAAUAUUUGGGACCUCCACUGAGAUUCGUUAGUUAUCGAUCGAAUAUUGCAGAUUGUUUUUUUAGUGUGUGAUUGAUAGAUUAUGAAUAUGACGACGAAUUUAAUAGAUAAUUUUAGCUAUUAUAACAAUUGAAAAGGAUCUCAUGGAGAAUACGAAAAUCGGAGAGAUAAUAGAUAAUUUUAAUUUAAACAAUAAAGAAAGAUAUUACAUUUUGAAUAAUGAUAUUAUAAUAAUUUUAGUUAAAAGUCAAUUUGGAUAAUGUCUCAAUUUUAGAAUGGGGCCUACACGAUUCAUUAGAUAGACCCGCACCCACCUCUCGAUCAAUUUAUAUUAUUUUCAUUUCUCCAUUCAAUUUUUGUUCUAUAUCCAUUUUCUGUUCCCUCCAGAUUUACUUUUCUCCCUCCAUACUAGGAGUGAGAAUUUGGUCUUGGUUUAUUGGUCAAACAGGAAGUGAGAUUGUUUAUUCAUUUUGAAAUCAUUUUCUGAACUUAUGUACUUUAUACUUAUUUAACAAAUUUUAUUUUUAAUAAAUUUAUUGAGAAAAAAAUUAGGGGCCACAUGUUAAAUUUUCGAACAAGGCCUCCAAAUAUCAUGGGACGGCUCUGCUCAUAUUGUGGCUCAAAUAAAUGUCAUUUCUUUGUUUCCUGCUCUUGUUGAUGGUUUUGAUUUUUGCACUUGGGUUCGUUCGAAGUUGUAAACGUUGUGAUCUCAUUAUUUCUUGCUAAUGCAAACUAUUUUUUGAAAAGAAAAAAGAAAAAACGAAUAGUACCCCUUAUAUAUAAAAAAGAACGAAUAGUUCUUCUAGUUAGCCAUCUCAUUGAAUACAAAGCCAUGUCCAUUAACCCGCCAACAGAACCUCGACAACCCACACUCCCACUUACAACAUGCACAUUUAAAAUCAUGCCUAAAGUGGUCAACCCAAAUAACAAUAAUGGCCUAUCAGCUUUCCACCAUUAUUUCCCAGCGCCAUGUUCAUAUAAUUACUAAUAAUUCAGCAAUAUAUGUACGCUGCUCUCUGCUGCCAUAGGGAUAGGGAUGGCAACGGGUCGGGUUGGAGGGUUUUGUGAAAUCCAAAUUCAAACCUAUGGAUUUAUCCGUCAAAAAAAUUUGGGGUAAAACCCGUUGGGUUUGAAAAAAUCAAAUCCAACCCAACCUGCUGGGUAUCCGCGGGUUCAUGGGGACCCGUGGGUUUUUGUGGUAAAAAAUUUACAAUAACAAAUUUAUUUCAAAAUAAAAAUUUAACAUCAAUUUUCUACAUACAAAUGAUUCAUACAAAAAACACCAAUCUAGAACAUACAAGCAAACCGCAAAUGAUCAAUACAAAUUGUUCAAAAUUAAAGAUAAACAUCUAUAAACAACAAGAUUAAUUGAAAUCUUGUUCCUCGUCAAAUAAGUUUCUUCACUCUCCACUCAAUAAUAUCAACUUCAUUCUAAACAAUUAGAAAGAACAAAUUACACAUGUCUCCACAAACAUAAAUAAUAUUAGUUGUUUAAAGAAGAUAUAUUAUUUAGAAUAUUAAAUAUUCCGGGAAAGUAAUUAUAUGUGUGAGCGGGUUUACCUAAACCCAAACCCAACCCAACCCGGUGAAUAGUGUAGCGGGUUUAAACCCGAAUCCGCUCAAAAUCCAUCAACACGAAUUUUACCCACAUUGACCGGAUUGGAUCGGGUGAGUACCCGUGGGUUCGGAUUUUGUUGCCGUCCCUAGCUGCCAAUCCAGGUAAAGGCGAAACAAUCAACUCUCUGCCAACAGAAUGCCGCCCACCAAAUUAAAUCAUGGACGUUCAAUACAGAGAGCAAUUUCCUCACCGCCGACUGGCUGGCCGUUGUACCGGCAUGGAACGCCCGAAUCUCCGCCCAAAUUCUCAGUUUCACCAUUAAAAUUCAUGCGAUCAC